AUGGCAACGCUAGCUGAAAUCCGGAUCAGGAGGCUCCGCCUUCUAGCCUUGUUCGCCACACUGCUCGUGGCUUAUUGUGCCUCCUCGUCCAACGCCAUAUCCGGCAGCAACCAGGUUCUCCUUGGCGUGGACGAUCAACUGAAAAACUCUCACAGCAUCGAGAGUCGCAGAAUGGACGACCUCGACGGCAUCAUUCAUGGGCGCCGCGGAGCGGGGGUGGGUCCCGCGAGCCCAGCAGGAGAGGCGAUUCCGAGUACAAGCUCUGCAGGACCUUCUUCUGGUUCAGAAGCUGAGGAUGUGUUUACUGGAAAGCCACUUGAGCAGUGGGAACUGUUGGAGGGCCGGAUGCUUCUGGAAAAGUAUGCACGAUUUACUAAAAAAGAGCUUCGGCAGCGUAGCGCACCAGACUUCUACAAACGGGCUAUUGACUUGUUUUUGCCGCCCUCCUCGGUCAUUGAGGUAGUGAAACCAGACGGCACUUCCGAGUGGUUGCGACGGGGUGAUUUCCUGGGUUCAGGCGGCGUGGGAAUUGUGUGUGAGGUACAACGUCUUCCGGACACCGCCACCGCGCUGCCUCAGAAGCUGGCCGCGAAAUUUUACUUUCACCAUGGAGAUACCGGAACCACCCUGACACAGGCGGAAGCCGCGCUUCAAAAGCACAUCACCGGAGAAAUGGAGGCGACAAACAUGCUAUUAGAAAAGAAGCCCUCAGAGGAACUGCACGGGCUGGGAGUUGGGGUCGCUUUCGGCGUCUACCACAUGAAACGGGGCGACGGCUACCCUCCUGUACAAAGGACUGAAGUCCUCAGUGAUGGUCAGCUUACGACUGUAUUCAUCUCAACGCAAGUCACGCUAAUGCCAGUCUUCGGGCCUGAUAUGUUCGACAUACGAAUCAUCAAUGCCAAAAAGACUCUUCUCAAAGCUGUGUUCUAUGAUACCGUCCUGGCAGUGGCGAAUCUGAACAUGCUGGGCUACGUCCAUGGUGAUCUAAAGCCCGAGAACUUGGUUGUCGAUCUUGAAAGCGGGCAAGUAAAGCUCAUCGAUCUGACGUCUGUGACUCCUAUGGGCUCAUGCAGGCCGGACGCCGUGCACUGGACAGUGAUGCAAACAUCUCCUGAGAGACUCCGUGCUGCGUUUGCAGGACAAACGCACCACCCGAGCGAAGCCGACGAUGCCUGGGCAUUGGGAAUAACACUGUUCCAGAUGCUUACGAACUAUGAGCAUCCAUAUUCAACAGAAGCAUCACGCAAGGAUGGAUGGGACCUGGUCAGAUUGUUGAUUGACAGCAUUAAGCCAGGCAGGUUUCAAGCUCCGGACAUGGCGGUUCUGGGAUUGAGCGCGAGAGAAACCCGGAUGCAGUUAUUGGAAAUUGUCAAGCUAUUGACGGAACCGAAUAAAGAAGAACGAUGGACACCGCGGAAGUUGAUGGAGCGCCACCCUUUUUUCCAGGUAGUAGACACCGGUGAAGCGUCUUCAGAACGGCUUGGCGCGAGUAGUCUCGCGUGA